AUGCAGGAUGAUGAUUCUUUGCAUGUCUUACCGGUGCCAAUCGGCAAAAAGCGUAUCCCUGUACGUGACCCCCGGGCCUCGGCUUCGUUCUCCGGAACAGUUCUAACGUCCAUGCUCCCUUGCUUAGAAAGCGUGUACUUCCUGCCGACAGUCCAAGGUGCGAUGGGGAUCGGCCGUGUGGGAGGUAUGCAACACUGCUGCAGGGUCAUGCAUGAUCAGCCUCUAAACAUCACGCCUGUAGGUGUCAAAAGAUCGAUAAACAAUGCGUUUUCUUUGAAAUACCCAAAGACCCUGUCUCAGAGUAGGCGACUCGAGGGAGUCGAGUCUGAGGUCCACUAUUUGCGAAGUCAACUUGAUGAGAUGCAAGCAUUGGUCAAUCAAAACCACAUAAAUUCAAGUCCAAGGUUCCAAGAGCAGGGACUCCAUUCUCCACAGCAAUCGCAUGGCCAAGUUGACGAACCACGCCGUGGAAGUGCCUGCACUUCGUCAUGUUCUCAAUUUGCUCAUACUCACCAACAAGAGGGCCGUGGAGCUCUAACAGUCCAUGCAGGCUCAGCUAAUCAUAUGAAUACCUCAAAUUCCUACCAAAGAUCGAUUCCAGAUGUCUCUCCAAAUGGAGCCACGACAGUAGCUCCAAUGUAUACGCCUUCGAACGAAGACAAUUUCCGACCCAAGAAGCGAAAACGCUCCUGUUUUGAGAUUCGAGAGGAGUCCAUUGCGGAUUUUAUUGAUAAGGGCCUUAUUACACCGGAGAGUGCAGUAUCAUGCUUUAAUACAUAUAUCCCAAUUUUCGACCCACAAUAUGAUACCUUCACUUCUGUUCGAGCCCGAAGCAGUAUUCUAUUGAACGCGAUUUGCACCAUUGGCUGCAUGGUUGAAACAAGGACCGGUGGUCCAACAUCGGAUAUGCUUCACGCGGAACUCAAGAAAUGGAUCAACGUGAUCAUCCAAAACAAAGGACUGAAUUGCCUCGAGUCAGUCCAAGCGAUGCUUAUAGUGGCAUGCUACUCUGCCGAUCGCCUACUCAUUCUAUCAUUUGCUACGCGCAUGGCACUUGAUUUGGAGCUUCAUGAUGCAUUUGAGGAGCUGACUGAGCGAUUGGCGUUUAAAAAUGAUGAGGACGCAGCAGGAAUCCCGGACCAUGACUUUGACCGGGAAAGAGAUUUAAUGCGGAAGUCGAGAACUUGGUUUGGACUCUUGGUUUUAGAGCAUAUAUUCCGAGUGGAUGGAGGAAAGCCUCCUGGGAUUAGGUUGCUAGGGAAUUCGAGAAGAAGUCGAAUCCUUCUCAGCCAUCCAUCAACAACGGUCCUUGAUUUAAGAUUGUUCUCUCAAGUGGAGAUUUGGACAUUUGGUUCGAAGACCUCAAUUACCACAAACGAAGAAAAGCCAUACCUCCUAGCAGCUCUACGAGUGCAAAAAUGCUGGGCCGAGAUGAUGCUAAACUGCAAAGCUCUUCGAGCAAUGGGUGUCGAAAAUGUUGCUACAAUGUCCCCAACGGAACGCAACAUUCUGCUCACAGCAAAAGCCAGCGCUCGACGACAUCUCCGCCUAAUGGUAGUCGAGCCAGACUUUUACCUCGCAAAACUAAAAUACGCCAUGGAUUUCGUCUGGGCAAAGUGUGCAUUCGCCUUCCUCUUACUCUUGAAACUCUCUCGACUCCUGCCUGAGCGUGACGAAGAACACGAGGAGCUUCUUGAACAUGGAACUCGACUCGUUCACGAGCUGAGCAAGGCAGGCUCAAAUACUAACCAAACCGGAGCUGGGAAUAUUUACCUUCAAAUUCUCAAGGUCAGUAUUGAGAAAUACGGUCGUGCUCUACGAGAAUCACAACAGCCGAGUACUGGUGGCACAACAGCUACGUCGCCAUUUUGGGAACUAUUUGAUGCACAGGCAGAUCUACAGUGGUUUGUCCCGGAGCAAUUUGUCUCGGAGUGGGAUUUCCCGGGGCUGAAUCUGUUUUAUUUCCCUACUGCCUGGCAGGAUUUCUUCGGGGAUUUCUCGCUUGCUAUGUAA